AUGACAGAGUCCUCCCUUCUCACCACGCAUCCCGCAUCUCACCACUACCCGGUCACCGCCGCUCCCUCUCUGGCCUCUCCUUUACCCAAUGGCUCCCCUUCAGACAGCAAUCUACAAGAGGAGGAGGAAUACACCAUCAAAUGCAUUUGCAUCUACGCAGAUGACGAUGGCAAUACUGUAUACUGCCCUAAAUGCGACACCUGGCAGCACAUUGAGUGCUACUACCACGGCAAGAAGGUGCCCGAAGAGCAUUUUUGCGCAGACUGCUCCCCUCGAGAUCUUGACGCAAAGAAAGCCACUGAGCGACAACGAAGGCAUCGAGAGGCCCUUGACGGCGGUGACCGGAAGGUCAAGCGACCAAACUCCAAAAGCCAAAGGAAAAAGCACAAGGACACGAGUGCGACGGCCGAACAGGUAAAUGGCUGGCAUCACGAUCGCCAUGAAUCCGUCGCCAGCGUAAGAGAUGGGCCUCCUGCGAAGAAACCAAAGACAAGCCACCGGACUUCGGGUUCGGUCAUCUCAACAAACGGUGAAUCUCGAAAACGCGCCGCUUCCACAGCUCAGUCCUACCCAAGUCCUUCCAAAUCGCCUCAAGACCUCUUCCGUUUUCCCGCCAUUCCCACCUAUACUACUGACUUCCUUGAACUCUACCAACGUGACGAGGGGAACACGAAUGCCCGGGACAACGAGCAGACAAUUCAGGCUACCAAUACGGUUUUCGCAUGGCGAACUGACCCAUCUUUGGUGGUCAGCAGUCCCGGGCAACAACCAAAUGCGAAAACCCCCUUCGUACGUGCAAAUCAGCCCCUAGAUCAAAACACUUGGCCGGAAGUCUCGGUGGAGACCAUCCAGAAGAGAGACAUUGAAUACGAUGGCAGAUAUCCCACAUGGCGUUUCUUACGUGUACAAUCUUCCGUUAAGAAAGACGAAAUUGUUGGCGAGGUUCGAGGUCAAGUUGGCAUGCUGGAGGAGUACUGCCAGCAGAAGUCUUCGUCGAACAGAUGGCAGGAGCUGCGGCAUCCAGACCCCUUUGUCUUCUUCCACCCGCACAUGGACAUCUACAUCGACAGCCGAAAAUCUGGAACUCGCUUUCGAUAUUUGCGACGGUCUUGUCGACCCAAUGUCACCUUGAAGACGUUCGUUUCCGACAACGAGACCCGGCACUGCUUUGUCGCUAGCAAGGAUAUUCCCGCCGGUGCCGAACUCACCACCAUGUGGUUUCUCGAUUCCGCCAUGUUCGCUGCUGACGAUUCUGAACAAGCACAAAACCGACGCCUCGACUGGGUAAGCCGUGUCCUCGCGAACUUUGGAGACUGUGCCUGCGACGCUGGUCCGGCAUGUUUACUUGCGCCCUUCGAUCGGCGAUAUCCCGCCAAGUCGCUGGAGGGUGCGUCGAAGGAAAAAGGAGGCAGGAAAAAGAAAAGUAAGAUGAAUCAUACCAUCUCGCCCUUCAGUACUGGACAUGCCACCAACAGUCGCGCAGGAAGCGAACCCAAGGUACUCGAUGACGAAGACCAGUUCGAUCACCGGUCCACCUCUGAGUCUUCUCGCAGCGGUAUGCUAAGCAGAGACAUCACUCCAGUCAAUGUCGCUGCUCUUGACGCCGACCCGGUUCUGGGAAGCAGUCUCACUGCUCGAGAACUACGCAAAAUCCAAAUGGCGGAGAAAGCGUUCGCGCAGCGGGAACAAGAAAAAAGGGAUCAAAGUGGACAAGGCCAGCAACGAAAAAAGAAACGCACAAGCGGCGGCUCAACCUUGAACACGCCUAGCGCGAAUGCCUCGAAGCAACUCGGGCACCAAUUCACUUCGCACCCUACCACACCCAGCAGCCACCCUCUCAAAUUCGGCUCGCCCCCGCCGCCGCGAGGCUCAGCAGCUCGAGGCAAAUCCACGGAUGCACCUAGCAGAGUGGACGUUAGGAUACAACGACCUGUUUAUGUUAGUGUUGCGGUUCAGACGGAUCCAGAAGAGUCCGAGAUGCCCAUGCCUCCUCCCGCAAAAAGGAGGAAAUUCUGCACCCCCACACAGCGAUUGCUCCGAAAAGUUUUGGAGUACCACGUCAGGCAUGGACAACAGUGUCCAGGACAAAGUUCGCCUCCAUCAGACUCGAGGACGCAAAUAGUUGUACUCCCCGCGAAGACGGAAGAUGUGGAAAUGAAAGACGCCACCGAAAGGGUGGAUACUCGAAGCGUCAUGGAUACCGAGCCAAACGGGCAGUCUCCUGCAGGAAGCAGCAGCCCUAUCAACGCAGGAGCAGACACAUAUCCUCUGCCGUCACAAGCGGCCCACACAUUCAAAGCCUUCAGGUCUCCCUCGGCCCCGAAGCUGCACUUAGCCACCCUCCCGCCUGUACCGGCGUUUCCAUCUUCAGCGACUUCUGCAUCGUCGUCUUCUACCACCGCGACGACUCCCGGACUGACCACAUCAGCGACUGCACAGUCCCCAAUUCCAAUGACCUCGGCAUCGACUGUCUCGUAUCCUCUGGCGAUCAAUAAUGUUGUGACUCCUAGUCCAGCAAGGAAGAAACUAAGCUUGGGGGACUACAUGAGUCGCCGCCUGGCGUCGACUCCCUCCGUUGAGAAGUCCCAGUCUCAGGCUGAUCUAGGCACAGGCGAGGGCGAGCCACCGAAAGCCAUGGCAGAAGCAGGUCAGCAUUCUCCGGAGACCACGGAGUCCGCACCGGAUAAUGCAGGACCAGCCGAACUACCCGCUCGACAGGGAGCAGCUCAUGCUGGGCUUUUGGGCACUGCCGUUAAGGACACUCCCAUGAAGGAGGUUGAAGAACCAGCAUACAGCCCUCGGGAUGCAUCGCCGCCGCAACCAAUGCCCAGUUCAUCUCCCCCCAAAACGAGUGCCGUACCACUAUUGAACGACUCGAUCAGUAUCCCAAAGGAGGUGUCAAAUGUCCUAGCCCGGCUGGCGCAAUUGAACAGCGAAUCGAGGGGUGUUCGAUAG